AUGGCGCAACCACAUCCCACCCUCAUCAACAUCCCCCAGCCUCCCUCCAACCCGGACACUCCGUCAGAGAUGCCCGGCACUCCCACCUCGACAACAACCUCCCUCUCUGCUCUAUCCACUACCGCUAUUAAAGACGGCCACCGUGGUCACGCUACUGCGACAACACACCACCCCGGCCACCAGCAGCAUGCCUCCCAAGGCAGCCUCGAAGCCGAGCGCGCCGACAGGAUCUCGCGCCUUGCAGGUCUCUCCAACGUCAACCAGCUGCGCUCCCCUCCCAGCGCUGGCUCCGCGGCUCCUGCUCGCAACAGCAAUAGUCCCCAGACGACUCCCACUUCUGCCGUCUUCCCACAAUCCGCCCACAGACCCAUCGCGCCCCUGAUCCAAGGCGCCCCGGCAUACUUCGACUCCAAUGGACAGCCCGUCGCUGACAUCGACAUGAUGAGCACGGAUACCAACUUCGCGCGCGACACAGAGGUCGACUCAGCUAGUGGCUACGUGGGCACAGGACAUGCAGAAAUGGACGUCGACGAGGACUUGACCAGCCGUAGCGUUGGCCAGGGCGAACAAGAAGAUAACAUGAGCGACGACGGCUCAGCCAGCCUGGUCGGCUUCGGUGAGGGCGCGAACAGCACCAUAUCCGGGCCCAUCUACGUGCGACGACCCCUGCCCGGAAUGGAGGGCCUGCAGAGAAGCAGCUCCGGCUUGAGCGAAGGCGCAGUACUGGCGGCUCGGCGGGAGAGGCUGGAACGCGAGGAUCCCACCGCAGAGAGGAGGGACGCGCGUUUCAUCGAUGGUGUGGCGUCCGAAGCCACCCCCGGCGCUACGGCGGACGAGGACGCGUUCGUGGACACGACCAACACUGGCCCUGUUCCCGUUUCUGGCCCAGGUUACACAAGCUCCCUGCGUGAGACUCAACAUGGCGCACAUACCCGACACCACCUACAUCACCAGCAGGCGCCUACUGCCCGCGAGGCUGCGGAGAGGGCGAUGCGCGAGCGCGGGCUGGACCCUAACCGAGCUGGAGGGUCUGCCCAGAGCAGCCCCGGAAAGCGCCUGACCUUUGAGGAUCAGAAGUGA